UCGAGCGCCGCAUCGGGACACGUCUGGUCCUGUACGUGAGGAUUCAUUUACUGUCAACGGUAGAAGGAGAGGGUCGUGAGAGCUACUCAGGAGCGUGAUUCAUCCGUUAAUAGGGCUUUUAUUGAUUCUAGACGGUAAAGCAUCACACAUAUUUUACCCAUGACAAUCAUGACUGUAUUGCGUCUACCACAAUCACGCGUCGUCAGAGAAACCUUCGUUGUUACAGCACUUUACUUAAUCGAGAUGUAGGCGCGCGGAGAUGGUGCGAGCUCACAGACCCAGCUGCAACAUUAGAGGCGGGCACAUGUUUAUCCUACAUUUAGUCGAAUUCAUCGUUUGCGUUUGACUGUAUGAACUAGCUCCGUAUUAUUUUUCACUGAAAUAUUUCUUCUUUGGGGGAAAGACAUCAUGAGUUUGGACCAGGGUGGGUAUGAUGCGGUUUGCCGCGCGGACAACGGAGCAGGAGGAGUCCUUAGCAGCGGCAAUAUCAGCGUUCCUCAGCGGCAGCCCAUUCACAGGGACGUUCGCUACUACCAACAGCACUCGCGUCACCAUGGAACCUCCAUGGAGAAACAACCGCCGCGCAACGAUCCGGCGGAUCUGGUGAGACGUGCGCUUGACUUCAAGACUCAAGCCACGCAAUGCUACAAAGAUAAGAAAUACCGGGAAGCUAUCGGGAAGUACCACCGCGCUUUGCUAGAGAUGAAAGGCUUGUGUCGAGUUCUCGGGGAUCCUGACACUGGCUCUAAGUCACCCUCCUCCGUGCUGUCCACGAUAAGCAAGGCGUCUUUGACGGAGGAGCAGAAAGGGGCCGUGGAAAACGCGGAACUUGAGUGUUACAACAGUUUAGCGGCCUGUCUCCUGCAGAUGGAGUUGGUGAACUAUGAGCGGGUGAAGGAGUACUGUUUGAAGGUGCUUCGAAAAGAGGGGGAGAACUUUAAAGCCCUUUAUCGCUCUGGAGUUGCCUACUAUCACCUGGGCGACUUCAACAAGGCGCUGUAUUACCUGAAGGAAUCGCACAAACAAGAACCUUCAGACACCAACGUGAUUCGCUACAUCCAGCUGACGGAGAUGAAGAUACGACGCAGUACCCCGAAAGAAAAGAAGGAGGACUCGUAAAAGAAGAAGAAAUCAACAGAAACAACAACAACAACGACAACAACAAAAAAACGACAGGGGCCUCACCUGUAAUGCUGCCAUCCCUACACUGUGUUCUGUCCCUCUCAAACACAUGUAUCACUGCCCUUAGCUUUCACAGCUGACCGCCCUAUCCUGCAUGCAUUCCUGCAUACAUCUCCAUCUGAACAGAGAGCGAAGCUGCAACAGAGCACGAGCCCUGCUAACACAGGCAGAUCUCACGUUCUGAUUUUUAGGAGGCAUUGCUAGGUUCUUAACAAUGGCCGAUUCGAAACUAGCGAGCUAAUUAACAAAGGUGUUGCCUCUGCCUCCUACUGGGCUUCAGGGGAGGUCAGUGAAUUGUGAACUGGGCAGCAAUCGGUCAGAACAGGAAAUGCAUAUGUUUCCUAUUAUUUCCACUUCACUCUCUUCUGUCUCUCCUGCCUGCAGGCUGUCAUGUUUGUUUUGGAUAUGUGAACAACACCUAUUCUUACCCUAUAACACAUACACACCCACAUGACCAUAACCGCCCCCAUAAUAGGCAAAAAGAGCAAGCAUUACUGUAUCCGUGUUGUAUCAAUCUAUGGCCUAUAUGUUAAUUGUUUGUUUUUUAUGGUUGAGCAGCGCCGCCAU